UUGGAUUGUGUUUGUUAUGUAAACUGGACUGUAUAGCUCUAUCUACAACAUUUGCAAGUCCCUGGAUGCGUUAUUUACGCUAUGGGGUGAUAUCAGCACUUCUGGACAGUGACAUAUACUGCAAGGUUGAGUUAUAGUGACAUCGGUUCCUUGUUGGUCUAUAUUAUCGGGUGCUUUUUAGAAGACGCUUUAUAUGAAUGCUACUUGCGGAGCGGUAUUGACUGCAUUCAAGUCAACACGAUGCGCUCCACUUGGUUUAACCUCCGCAAGGCGGUGAAUGAGAUUAACAACUUCAAGCAGUACCUGUAUACCGAUUCUGAGGAGGAUGAUGACACUCAUCGUUAUCCAAGGGAUGCAGGAUCGUUGCCUCCAGAUGGUGGGCAUGCUACCGCAAGCAGGGUAUCUCCUGCCGCCGCUACGUCGGCGGCAGAUGCUGCGGGCAGCUACUGCCCUUUGGAGGCCGCUGAACAACGUGAGUGGAUGAUUCAAUCUUUGGGCAACGUUUCAAAUGACGAUAGCAGUGGCAUAUUAGGUGAUUUUACUAACAAACUUAUAUCGUAUUACGGAUCCGAUAUGAAUGAAAGCGGACGGCAAUCCGUCAGCAAUCCUCCGGUAUCGUUUACUACAACUCACAAGAGCCCUGUACCAUAUAGUGGCAAUGACACUGGCUUGGUAGCCAAGGAAAGCUCAGUUCACAACGCCGGCAACACCGGUUCAUCAAUUGCUAUAUCUUCACGUUUGCAUUUGCUCUACAAAAUGUGUGAGAUGCUGGAAUUCCUUUGGAAAGAAAUUGAGUCUAGGGUCAGGGAUGCCACUGGAUACACCAUGUUUGUCCAGCCUAUGGAGCGUCCUUCAAGUUGGCUUGAUUGCCACAGUGUUCAUAAGGAUCACACCGAGCGUAUAUUAUCAUGGUUGGAGCGUUCGUUACAUACUAUGGGCAUUUUAGCGCGUGUUUUGAACAUUGACGAGCCACGCCUUCUUGCUGGGUCUAAUGUCCUCUUGGAAGCAAUCAAGCAUACGGAGCCACUGUUAUUUUACGGUACAACUCCACAACCCAGUAUAACCGAUGGACCAGUCGAGGAAAACCCUGGUGAAUACAUGCGUUUAAUUACCUAUAUUUCUAAGAUUCAGGCAGAUCACGAUCGCAGGCUAGAGAAGCUGUCAUCCAUUCACAAUGCAUCUAUUAUACAAGCAUCUAAAGCAGAUGCGCUUGAGCAGCAGGUCAAGGCACUCCAAGAGACCUUGGGUUCCCUGGAGGAGCAGCUUGAAGAGAAACGCAGGGAAAUCAAGCGGUUAACGGAAUCACUUCUGACUGCCAAUACUGUGAAGACACAGUUAGUGCAGAAGAACGAGGAGCUUAUCGCAUCUAAUCAGAGGCUACUCAUGAAGAAGAGUGAGUUCAUAGACAAGGAUACGGUUGGGAAGAUGAUAGAGCAGUAUUAUGCUCAUGACCGUGCGGGCAGUCAUCGUAAGGACGACAUUAUCAAGCUUUUGGAGAGCAUGCUGGGUAUAGAACCUCCAUCUGAGUUGGCUAACCCGGUGGUAUUGAAAGGCGCCCGCUCCUUGGCCAAUGAGUUCAUUGACUUCCUGGAAGAACAACAUUAGACGACACACAUAUCGGUUUCUCA